CGAACGCCCCAACAACCUGGAACCUGCUUGUUGCACACACCUGUCGCCCACCAUGGCGACCCAUAGCACCAUGCAUAACUUUACGACUCUUAUCAAGAGACUGGAAGCCGCAACUUCGCGCCUGGAGGACAUCGCGCAGUCAGCAAUCGAUCUCGAAUCCGCCGCCGCCCAGACACCCCAGGGCCCAUCGUCCACCACCACUCCCCAGAGUUCCACCCCUGCUCCCUUGAUCAGAGCCCUCGCACCCCCUCCUCCGCCGCCACCAGCCCCGAAGCCCGUUGCGCCUGUGAAAGAAGAGCUCCCCGAGCAAGUGGAAGAUUUCAACGCAUUCAUCGCCAACCAUGUCGAGAAAUGGGUUAAACUCAGCGAGGAGAUUGGUGGCCCUGUCGCCGAGCAGGCCAGGCUGGCCCUGAAGGGGUACACGGAGAUCUCCAAGUUCAUCCACCUUUCGACCAAAUCCAAGCGACCCGACCUUAAGGGUGCCGAUGCCCCUGUGUACCAGAAGUUGAUUGAGCCGAUUGCCGACGUUAUCAAGGCUGUCAAUGCCAUCAAGGACAAGGCACAUAGGUCGGAUCCUUUCUUCAAUCAUGUCUCGGCUGUUGCCGACAGCAUCAUUGUGCUGGCCUGGCCUACCAUUCCCACCAAGCCGUACAAGCACGUUCAGGAGGCUAGGGACUCGGCGCAGUUCUUUGGAAACAAGGUCAUCACGGCUAAUAAGGAGAGUGGCGAUGCGAAGCACCUUGAAUGGAUCAAGGCCUAUUACAACAUCUUUCCCGCACUGAUCGAAUACGUCAAGGACAGAUUCCCUGAUGGACUCACGUGGAAUCCCAACGGUCAGCAUGCCUCCGAGGUGGCAAAGGCUCUGGAAAAUACUCCUUCUGCUGGUGCUCCUGCGGCUCCGGCGCCACCAGCGGGUGGUGCCCCUCCUCCUCCCCCCCCGCCCCCUCCUCCCGGUCCUCCACCGGUUCUUAGGAUUAACGAGCAAAAGGCGGAGCCUGCUCCGGCCGGCGGGUUUGGCGCUGUUUUCUCGGAGUUGAACCAGGGCGAGGCGGUGACCAAGGGUCUUAGGAAGGUCGACAAGUCUGAGAUGACGCAUAAGAACCCGUCGCUCCGCGCGAGCUCGGUGGUGUCGUCUGAGGGCUCUUCUGCUCGCGGAAAGAGCCCGGCUCCGGGCAAGAAGCCCAAGCCGGAGAGCAUGCGGGUUAAGAAGCCGCCCAAGAAGGUGCUUGAAGGGAACAAGUGGACCAUUGAAAACUACGACAGCCAAGACGAACCCAUCGAGAUUGAAGUCGAAAUGAGCCACUCCCUCCUCAUCUCCAAGUGCACCAAAACCACCAUCGUCCUCAAGGGCAAGGCGAACGCUGUCACGAUUGAAAACACGACGAGAUUGUCUCUUGUUGUGGAUGAUUUGGUCUCCACCAUUGACGCGGUCAAGUCGCAGAACUUGGCGCUGCAGGUCAUGGGGAAGAUUCCGACGGUGCUAUUGGAUCAGGUGGAUGGUGCGCAGAUUUACUUUAGUAAGGAGAGCAAGAGCACGAGGGUUUUCACGAGCAAGAGCACGGGGGUGAAUGUGAAUGUGAUUGGGGAGGAUGAUGACUACAAGGAGCUGCCACUGCCGAAUCAGAUUUGUUCGUAUUAUGAUGAGGAGAAAGGGGAGAUGGUGAACGAGAUUGUUAGUCAUGCUGGCUAGGUAGGGGGUGGGAGUGGUUGGGAUGGUAAGGGGGGGAAGGGGGGUGUUGGUGAGUGGAAGUCAUGUAAUCAGGGGCGGGGAGUUUGAACAGGUGUUUAGCGUUAGUAGAGAACCAUCUGUUGGUGUAUUGCAUUUGGCUCAGGAAACUCGGGAUUACAUGUGCCAUCUCAAAUGCCAGGUUCCUGGCCGUUUACUCCUUAGUCCAGCCCUAUGGACUCUGUGCGGGGGAGACCUUUCUUCUUCCUUCCCCUCAUGACCGAUUUCUUACCCCAGGUCUUUUUCUCUGAGGAAAAAAAGUCAGAGGGGAAGUCCGGAAGCAUGUGACAGGCACAGGGCAACCUAACGCCAAAGAGGACGGGGACCGGUCGUGGUGCCAAACCUCCCUCCCGGGUGUGUGUGUGCCAAACCACCUAUCGGGGAUGAUACCCACUCGUGGGCUAGAACCUACCUGGGAGAGGAGGAAAGGGACGAGUUUGUAAAAGCUUGGCUAUUAGUUGAAACAAAAAUUGGCCUUGUUUCGGGGUGCCAAUCUGCUGGGUUGUGUUUCGGGGGCAUUUGGAGGUGUUAGUUGCGGUUG